AUGGCGCAGAAAGGAGUUCAGCUGGACCAAGAAACUUUCUCUUGUUCGAUCUGUUUGGAUCUUCUGAAGGAUCCGGUGACUAUUCCCUGUGGACACAGCUACUGCAUGAACUGUAUUAAUGGCUUUUGGAAUGGAGAGGAGGGGAAGAAAAUCUACAGCUGCCCUCAGUGCAGACAGACUUUCACACCGAGACCUGUCCUGGUGAAAAACACCAUGUUAGCAGUUUUAGUGGAGGAGCUGAAGAAGACUGGACUCCAAGCUGCUCCUGCUGAUCACUGCUAUGCUGGACCUGAAGAUGUGGCCUGUGAUUUCUGCAUUGAGAUGAAGUUAAAAGCUGUGAAAUCUUGUUUAGUGUGUCUGGCUUCUUACUGUGAGAAACACCUUCAGCCUCAUUAUGAUGUGGCUCCAUUAAAGAAACACAAGCUGGUGGAGCCCUCCAAGAAGCUCCAGGAGAACAUCUGCUCUCGUCAUGAUGAGGUGAUGAAGAUGUUCUGCCGUACUGAUCAGCAGAUUAUCUGUUAUCUCUGCCCUGUGGAUGAACAUAAAGGCCACGACACAGUCUCAGCUGCAGCAGAAAGGACUGAGAGGCAGAGAGAGCUGGAGGUGAGUCGACAAAACAUCCAGCAGAGAAUCCAGGACAGAGAGAAAGAUGUGAAGCUGCUUCAACAGGAGGUGGAGGCCAUCAAUCAGUCUGCUGAUCAAACAGUGGAACACAGUGAGAAGAUCUUCACUGAGCUGAUCCAUCUCAUCCAGAAAAGAAGCUCUGAUGUGAAGCAGCAGAUCAGAUCCCAGCAGGAAACUGAAGUGAAUCGAGUCAAAGAGCUUGAGGAGAAGCUGGAGCAGGAGAUCACUGAGCUGAAGAGGAAAGAUGCUGAGCUGAAGCAGCUCUCACACACAGAGGAUCACAUCCAGUUUCUACACAACUACCCCUCACUGUCAGCACUCAGUGAGUCUACAGACUCAUCCAGCAUCAAUAUCCGUCCUCUGAGCUACUUUGAGGAUGUGACAGCAGCUGUGUCAGAGGUCAGAGAUAAACUACAGGACAUUCUGAGAGAUGAACGGACAAACAUCUCACUGACAGUCACUGAAGUGGAUGUUUUAGUGCGAGAUCCACCAGAGCCAAAGACCAGAGCUGAAUUCUUAAAAUAUUCAGAGGAAAUCACACUGGAUCCAAACACAGCACACAAACAGUUGUUAUUAUCUGAGGGGAACAGAAAAGCAACAUUUAUGAAGCAUCAACAGUCUUAUUUUGAUCAUCAAGACAAAUUCACUGGAUGGUUGCAGGUCCUGAGUAGAGAGAGUCUGACUGGACGUUGUUACUGGGAGGUGGAGAGGAAAGGGAGAGUUAUUAUAGCAGUCGCAUACAAGAACAUUAGCAGAGCAUGGUGGAGGAAUGAAUGUGCCUUUGGGCGUAAUGACAAGUCUUGGGCAUUAGAUUGUUCCAAAAACAGUUACACAUUUUGGCAUAACAACAUUCAAACUCCUAUUUCAAAUGUUGGGUCCUCCAGAGUAGGAGUGUACCUGGAUCACAGAGCAGGUAUUUUGUCCUUCUACAGCGUCUCUAAAACCAUGACUCUCCUCCACAGAGUCCAGACCACAUUCACUCAGCCGCUCUAUGCUGGACUCUGGUUUUACCACAAUUUUGGAGACACUGCUGGGUUCAUUAAACUGAAAUAGACUGAAGUCUUUCAUAUUGUAGGUUAAAAUCUGCAUUUUAGUUUCCAUUUUAUUUUCUCUGCAGCAAUAUUGUGGCAUUUCUGCACCUGCACAAUGGUCAGCUACCGGUUGGAUAUUAUGGGUGGUACCUGAGCAUCUUGUUUGUUUCAGUGGAGCUCUUUCCUGUUACUCUUUAGCCUUGUAGCCUAUCACUGCUCAUGAUUAUUUUCAUGUAUAAAAAUAUUUCUCCAUAUGAAAAUGUAAACUUUUUUGUGCUCUCUGUAUUUGUAUU